CAGGCUCCUGCUGCCAGCCAGUCCUUCUGGAUGUCCAAGUACAAAGUCUUUGUGAUGAGGCAUGGAGAAGGGGCCUGGACCAAAGAGAACCGCUUCUGCAGCUGGGUGGACCAGAGGCUGAGUGAGGACGGCGUCAAGGAGGCCCUGGCGUGCGGUCACCUCCUGAGGGAAGCAGGCUACCACCUGGAUGUGGUCUUCACCUCCCUGCUCAGCCGCUCCAUCCACACAGCCUGGCUGCUGCUAGAGGCCAUGGGGCAGGAGUGGGUCCCAGUGGUGAAAUCGUGGAGGCUGAAUGAGCGCCAUUAUGGUGCUCUGAUCGGGCUCAACCGCGCCGAGAUGGCCCUAAACCAUGGUGAGGAGCAGGUGAAACAGUGGAGGAGGAGUUACGACCUCACGCCACCGCCUAUUGACAAAUCACACCCUUACUUUCUGGAGAUCUACAACGACCGGCGGUAUUCUACUUGCGAUGUUUCUAAAGAGGAUCUACCGAUGUCGGAGAGCCUGAAGGAUGUCUUAGAGAGGCUCCAGCCAUACUGGGAUGGCACCAUUGUGCCAGAGAUCAAACAGGGGAAAUCGGUGCUCAUCUCUGGGCAUGGGAAUAGCUGCAGGGCACUGCUGAAACACUUACAAGGUAUAACUGGUUUAAAAUCAAAUCAAAUGUUAUUUGUCACAUGCGCCGAAUACAACAGGUGUAGACCUUACAGUGAAAUGCUUACUUACAAGCCCUUAACCAACAAUUCAGUUUUAAGAAAAAUAAGUGUUAAGUCAAAAAUAGAUACAAAUAAAAAAUUAUUAAAGAGCAGCAGUAAAAUAACAGUAGCGAGGCUAUAUACAGGGGGUACUGGUACAGAGUCAAUGUGCGGGGGCACAGGUUAGUCGAGGUAAUGGAGGUAAUAAGUACAUGUGGGUAGAUUUAAAGUGACUAUGCAUAGAUAAUAAACAGAGUAGCAGCAGCGUAAAAUAGGGGGUGGGGGGGGACAAUGCAAAUAGUCUGGGUAGCCAUUUGAUUAGCUGUUCAGGAGUCUUAUGGCUUGGGGUAGAAGCUGUUAAGAAGCCUUUUGGACCUAGACUUGGUGCUCCGGUACCGCUUGCCGUGCGAUAGUAGAGAGAACAGUCUAUGACUAGGGUGGCUGGUGUCUGACAAUUUUUAGGGCCUUCCUCACCGCCUGGUCUGUAGUGCGUUGCGGCCGGAGGCCGAGCAGUUGCCAUACCAGGCAGUGAUGCAGCCAGUCAGGAUACUCUCGAUGGUGCAACUGUAGGAACUUUUUGAGGAUCUGAGGACCCAUGCCAAACUCCUGAGUGGCGCAGUGGUCUAAGGCACUGCAUCGCAGUGCUAACUGUACCACUAGAGAUCCUGGUUCGAAUCCAGGCUCUGUCGCAGCCGGCCGCGACCGGGAGACUCAUGGGCGGCGCACAAUUGGCCCAGCGUCGUCCAGGGUAGGGGAGGGAAUGGCCGGCAGGGAUGUAGCUCAGUUGAUAGAGCAUGGCGUUUGCAACGCCAGGGUUGUGGGUUCAAUUCCCACGGGGGGCCAGUAUAAAAAAAAUAUGUAUUCACUAACUGUAAGUCGCUCUGGAUAAGAGCGUCUGCUAAAUGACUAAAAUGUAAAUCUUUUCAGUCUCCUGAGGGGCUUUGUCGUGCCCUCUUCACGACUGUCUUGGUGUGUUUGGACCAUGAUAGUUUGUUGGUGAUGUGGACACCAAGGAACUUGAAGCUCUCAACCUGCUCCACUAACGCCCCGUCGAUGAGAAUGGGGGUGUGCUCGGCCCUCUUUUUCCUGUAGUCCACAAUCAUCUCCUUUGUCUUGAUCACGUUGAGGGAGAGGUUGUUAUCCUGGCACCACACGGCCAGGUCUCUGACCUCCUCCCUAUAGGCUGUCUCAUCGCUGUCGGUGAUCAGGCCUACCACUGUUGUGUCGUCGGCAAACUUAAUGAUGGUGUUGGAGUCGUGCCUGGCCAUGCAGUCAUGGGUGAACAGGGAGUACAGGAGGGGACUGAGCACGCACCCCUGAGGGGCCCCCUUGUUGAGGAUCAGCGUUGCAGAUGUGUUGUUACCAACCCUUAACACCUGGGGGCGGCCCAUCAGGAAGUCCAGGAUCCAGUUGCAGAGGGAGGCGUUUAGUCCCAGGGUCCUUAGCUUAGUGAUGAGCUUUGAGGGCACUAUGGUGUUGAACGCUGAGCUGUAGUCAAUGAAUAGCAUUCUGUUCCUUUUGUCCGGGUGGGAAAGGGCGGUGUGGAGUGCAAUAGAGAUUGCAUCAUCUGUGGAUCUGUUGGGGUGGUAUGCAAAUUGGUCAGCGCAUGCUCGGAGUACCCGCCUCUGGAUGAGCGUUUUCCUGUUUGCUAAUGGCCUUAUACAGCUCAUUGAGUGCGGUCCUAGUGCAAGCAUCGUUUUGUGGUGGUAAAUAGACAGUUACGAAAAAUAUAGAUGAAAACUCUCUUGGUAAAUAGUGUGGUCUACAGCUUAUCAUGAGAUACUCUACCUCAGGCGAGCAAAACCUUGAGACUUCCUUAAUAUUAGAUUUUGUGCACCAGCUGUUGUUUACAAAUAUACACAGACCACCACCUAUUGUCUUUCCAGAGGCAGCUGUUCUAUCUUGCCGAUGCAGCGUAUAUCCCGCCAGCUGUAUGUUAUCCAUGUCGUCGUUCAGCCACGACUCAGUGAAACAUAACAUAUUACAGUUUUUAAUGUCCCGUUGGUAGGAUAUCCGUGAUCGUAGUUCGUCUAUUUUGUUAUCGAAUGAUUGUAGGUUGGCUAAUAGGACUGAUGGUAAAGGCAGAUUACCCACUCGCCGUCGGAUCCUUACAAGGCACCCCGACCUACGUCCCCGAUAUCUCUGUCUCUUUCUCAUGCAAAUGACAGGGAUUUGGGCCUUGUCGGGUGUCUGAAGAAAAUCCUUCGCGUACGACUCGUUAAAGAAAACAUCUUCGUCCAGUAUGAGUUGAGUAAUCGCUGUCCUGAUAUCCAGAAGCUCUUUUUCGGUCAUAAGAGACGGUGGCAGAAACAUUAUGUACAAAAUAAGUUACAAAUAACGUGAGAAAACACACACAAUAGCACAAUUGGUUAGGAGCCCGUAAAACGGCAGCCAUCUCCGGCGCCAUUGACUUUGUGUGUGUGCAACCCACUAGGCUCGACUGCAUCAUCUGCACCAUUAUUACUAUUGACGUUUGAUGCACUGCUAUUGUUCUUUUUAGUUCUCUUUUGUUACUGCAGAUAUUAGUAUGAGCUGCAUGGCCACUUUCUCUUUCACUUGCAUUUGAAUGUUUGAAUCCACAAACACCCUUCUAGGGGAGUUCGCUAGGCCCUCCAUGCUUUAGGCCUAGCUCGUAACUAUCAUUCACUCCCAUUUGGUUUAUAGCAAUAUAUAUGAGUUCCAGAAAUGGCACGAGGUUGAACUUGUACAAAAAGGGCACUAGGUUUAUGUUACAUCAGACUACUGCCAUGAGAUCCACAUUGACCUUUUAGCUCCUCCACUGGGUCACCCUGUAACUUUAUAAACGGUUAUGUAAUGGGGAUAUUAUAAAUCAUCUAUGCUAUAUAGCUGGAAUUUUUGUUUAAGAUGACCUACAUUAUAGACCUACAGUAGUCUGUUACGCAUAAUACAGUUAUUCCCUUAUCUGUUUAUUUUGAUUUGGUUUUAAUUGGUUAUUGAGCGCUCAGACAAGCUUACUUCAGAUAGCCCAUGUACAGAAAUCAGAAAUGUUGGUAGCGCUUUACAUAACAACAUGGGAUAAAGCUGUACUAACAUAAUGGUUAUAUUAUGUUCAUGGUGAUAGCAUAAUAGUAUGCCACGGGUUGUUUGUUUACUGUGGUUCACAGCAGCAGAACACUACAAAUCAAACAUUCUCUCUAUUAUUUCAACAGGUAUAUCAGAUGCUGAUAUCGUCAACGUGACGUUACCCACAGGAACACCCAUUCUGAUUGAGCUGGAUGAGAACUUCCGGCCCACCAAACCCAUGCAGCUCCUGGGAGACCAGGAAGCCAUCCAGGCAGCCAUCAGGAAGGUGGAGGAUCAGGGGAAGGUCAAACAAACAGCCUGAUUGGCCUGAAUCUAGUCAACUGGAUUCUUGAUUCAAAAAUCUAGUCAACUGAACUCUAGUCAUUAUAGAUACUAGUGAUUGUAGAAUCUAAUCAACUGGAUUCUAGUAAUUCUGUAGUGGAUUCUAGAAUCUAGUCAACUGGCUGUAAGACUCUUAAUAUAUGAAGUUGCCCAGGCCCGGGCUAGCACUUAUUUGGUUGCCUGUUAUGCACCAUUAAUCAGAUUCACUCAAAACUGAAUUCUUCAUUUAAUUAAAUUCAUAGUAAUUAAAUUCAUAGUAAGUACAUGUUAUUGUAGCCAGUAAGUCUCACAGUGAAUUUACUGUAUGCAGAAUUGUGGUAUGGACUGAACCCAGACUACCCUAUUUGGUGCAACAAGGAAACGAAAUAAUAUUGUUCAUACAGAAAUAAGUGGUGUGCAUUAACAAGCAUAUUUGGUAAUAGGCUGACUAGGCUUGUAUUGAGGCAUUUUGGCAUUAAAGAAAUACUAGCAUGUGAAACCAUCACAUGUGCCUUCACUGCCAUUAUUCUCCAUUUCUGUAGGACUUUGCAAUGCAAUUUUGAAUUAUGACUGUGACAGAAUACAGAAUCUAGCAGUAGAAUAUGAGCCAGACCAACAGGUACAAGUUGUGUUAUUUAUCAAGAAACUCUUUCAAAGCACUUCAUAACAAGUAUUACCUCAUUGAGACUGAAAGCCAGGCUAUUCACUCCAAGACAGGUCGGUGAUUGUGUGAUCUAAGCUUUUUUUGGUACAGAAAUGCUGUAAAUGUGUUGUUGAAAAAGAGAGGUCAAACUUGAUAAGAACAUGUCCGCUCAUAUGCUACAUGCUAGUUUAAGAGAAGUUCAUAUGAAAUAACUACAGCGCUUAUGCGAUUAAUCAUAAAAUACCUACGUUGACAUGCUGAUUUAUGAUUUGCAGUAUAUUGCGGUAUAAUUUGACACAAAAGCUUGUCGUUUCAAUUUGUGACCCACCACCUGGAUUCGGUCCUAUGUAGCAACAUUUGAAAUUGUG